AACGCCACGCUGCCUGUCCUGUCCCUCCACUGUUUUGCUUCGGUUGGAGAGGUUCAUUCUCGCGUAUUCUUCAGUUGUAAGCGAUAACGUCUUUCCAUUUCUGCGAACUAAUGCAUGUAGUUUGUCGGCUAUGGGAAGACCUACAUCAUGAAAAACCAUCACCUAAGCGUUCGUUCCUUUACAGGCGCAUGAAGAAUGUAACUCGGGUGGCCAGUCAGGCUGGCUGUAGAUUCUGAUAGAAAUCAAACUGGUGCAAGGCAGAACAGCAUUUAACGUUAGAUGUCAAGGUGUGGAUGACUUUUCAAAUACGCCCAGAGGUUAGCAAAGAUAAAGUUAGUCUGAUAGCAGAAAUAGCACAUGAGUAGUAAUAAUUUGUCAAAAUGUGACGGUUUAUUUUCGAAUUAACUUUUACCACGUCAAGAAUUUGCAGCUGUUUGUUUGAUAAAAAUGCCUUGGUUGGAAGACGUGGCGAACGUCGCCUUGCGGGUGCCUAGUUUAUUUGCCCUGGACCUGCUGUUCAAAUGCGACGUUGAGAGUUUCACAGAGCACAUUAAGGCCAGAAAUGAAGAUAUGCUUUUCAAGUACAAAUAUGUCAUCUGGAACGUGUAUUAUGUCGGUCAGCUGUUAAGCUUCGUGAUGCUGCUGUUGCCACUGGGUCAUAUUGUUCAGCUUUAUCUGCACGUGCUUACGGCUAUGCUGCUUUAUGUGGGUCAUCAUAUCUGCAGGGACUAUAUACAAGGCGAGGUGCGCUAUGGCCUGGACAGGCCGCUGUAUCUUGACUCUCAGGCCUUGAAUAGUUUUGUGUCAACUCUUACAAGUCAGGUGAUUGUGUGCACGCUGUGUGCGUUCCUUAUGCGGACCCGUCAGGUGUGGCUUUUCUCCGCUCACCUGCUCCCCCUGUUGGCCCGCGCCUGCUGCCUGCCCCUGGACACGGUCAACACAGUGGCCUCGGCCUCCGUGGUCAUAUCCGUUCUGCAGGUGGUCGCUUUCCUGUUGGGCAACAUGUUUGUGCCCUACAGGCUGGCGAGGGCUGCCUACAGAGAGAUACAGGUGGUGGGCGUGUACAGGUUGUUUGCUGUGUGUCUGUCAGUGUGGCAGAGCUUCUCUGUACCUCUGCUCUUCUCUGUCUUCUGGUUCCUGUUGUUUGCUGCCCAACUCGGCAGUCCCACAUCCAGCCACCAGGGGAUGCUGCUGUACCUACUCAGCAGCGUGUCCGAGUGCUGCUCUACUCCGUACUCUCUGCUGGGUCUGGCGUGUGUGGUGUCUUACGUAGCCCUGGGGCUCAUGAACCUGUGCAAGUUUUUCCUGGGAGGAUAUGCAGCCGUGCAGAACCACAACGUCAUGCACAGAGGGGUGACGGAGGGCGUGACUCUCCUGCUGUUGGCCCUGCAGACGGGCCUGUUGGACAUGGCGCCUGUGCAGAGGUCCUUCCUCCUGUCAAUCAUCCUCUUCAUCAUCCUCACGUCCACCUUGCAGAACAUGAUCGAGAUUACUGAGCCCAUCGUACUCGCGCUGGCUGCCAGCAGAAACAGAAGCGUAUGGAAACACAUGCGGGGGCUGAGCAUGUGUGUGUUCCUGCUGCUCUCUCCCAUCUUCAUGGCCUACAAACUCUCUCAGUUCUUCGUCAUGGACCUCUGGCUCCUCAUUCUGUUGUCCAGCUGCAUCCUGACUUCCCUACAGGUGACGGGCACGCUGCUCAUCUACGGCCUGUUCAUGCUGGAGGUGUGCCUGUCCACGGCCAUCAGCGGCCUGGACGAGGUGGUGUACUACGUCAACGGCGUGUGCCGCGCCCUGGAGUUCCUGUUGGCCGUGUGCGUGGUGCUGUACGGCGCCUGGGAGUGCGUGUUCGGCGAAUGGAGCUGGCUGGGCGCCUCGGUGCUCAUCGUGCACUCCUAUUGCAGUGUGUGGCUGCGCGCACGCGCCGGCUGGAACAACUUCCUGCUGCGCCGCGAGGCCGCCCGCAAGAUCAGCUCGCUGCCCCGCGCCAGCCAGCAGCAGCUGAGGGACCACAACGAUGUGUGCGCCAUCUGCUACCAGGACAUGUUGUCAGCUGUGAUCACAUACUGCGGUCACUAUUUCCAUGGUAACUGCUUGAGGAAGUGGUUAUAUGUUCAGGAGACGUGCCCCAUGUGCCACUCGCCAGUCAAACAAACUCCGUCCGAUCAGACAGCUGCUCCAGAAAGCCCACGACAGGAAGCCCCCCCUGAUGACUCCUCAUCUGGAGAAGAAGAAGACGAUGUAGAGGGAUUCUCUGAAGAAGAGCAGAAAGAAGAGCAGGAAGAAGAGCAACAACAAGAGGAAGGAAGAUGAAGUUCAAACUGAAAAAAAAAGUUGUGUGGAAAGAGGCCUGGGUUGUGGUGGGGACGCUGGAACCAACACAGAAACUAGUGCAUCCUCUGCACAGCUGCACAGGACCUGCCACAGAAAGGCAACUGUGCCAUGAGGAUCACACACACACACACACACACACACACACACACACACACACACACACACACACACAGCAGAAACAGUGGAGGAGGACUUGGUCUCUGCAUCUCCACCCUGUCAGGAGGACAGCAGUGCCCCACAGGAUCCUGACAAUGGCCCGCCACAUCAUCACCGUGCCGACCACUGACAUCGUUACAGGGUUUGGGAGGACAGUGGAUGGGACAAACCACAGAACCUACUGAUAAAUAAAGUUGACAUAAAGAACAAAUGUCGACCAUGGAUGAAGAUGAUGAAUGUGAUGUGAGUCUACAAAAAAAACAGGAUACUAAAUAAAUUGUUUGAGUUGGCAAGUCUGUUGCAUAUGAAAUAUCAAAUAUGAAAAGCCCUGCUUAGUCCUUUUCCUUUCCUCGUAGUAUAUUUCCUUUUGUGAACAUAUGACUGGAAACAUGUCGCCUUGUUUGUAUGCUCUUGAUGGAGGUUAGCAAGAGGAAAAGGGAUCCGUACGCCAUUUAGCUCCCAUUCAUAAAUCUUUUUAUUGCGAAACGUUUCGAGCUCUUGGCUCUUCCUCAGACUUACAAGUUAUUAAUUCAUAAAACGAUUAUGAAUGGGAGCUAAAUGGUGAGCGAAUCCCUUUUCCUUUUGUGAUACUUUCAUGCUGGAUCCUGCAGCUGUCGAACUUUGGCCUGAGAUGUGCGUGGCCCUACACUUCUACUUGAUGGGCCUCUAACUGAAAAAAAGCAGGCUCUGUGUUCUGUUCAAUGUGUCUGACCCUUGCCCUCAAUGCCUUUCAUAGUCUGUUUAGCCUGGAGAGGGUACACAGUUCCAGUAACAAUACAUAACACUGAAGGUUAACGUUUCUGUCCAUUUGAAGAUCUGAUUAUUUUAUAUUGUUGUAACAAAUGCAUUGCUGACAUUAAUUCUGCUAGGAAAUACUUGUCUGUUUGUUCUCAGGUCCAGAGACUGUCUACAGAGGGGAGGUGCGUGUGUGUGGUACUAAUUUAUGUGUUCAUGGAAAAGUGCUGGAUGAGCCUCACCAAUAGCAAUAUAUUGUAUAUGAAUUUGGUAACCUAAGGGGAAGUAAAAGACCUAAGUGCUUGCCCGUUGAAUGGUAUUUAUGCACUUACAUGUUAUUUUGUUUUAAUGAAGACUUUUCAAGAAUUCCA